AAGCAACUUUUUCCAUUACAAAAUUUUCCUACGAGGCUUCGUUUACGAGUUAUUAACGAAAAACGCUGUCGAAUGUCGAGCGAGCGCGUCGGCGCCACGCCCCGCGACCAAUACAGCGUCGCGCCGGUACCGAAGUGGCCGCGAGGGCGUGGCGUCGGCCGCGCGCGAUCGCUCAGCGUUUGGAUCAGCGUUUUUCCUCGAUAACUCGUGAACGGUGCCUCGGAGAGAAUUUCCGUAAAGGAAAAACUUGCUUGAAAUCGUCUCAGGAACCUCUCCGUUGGAACGUUGACAUAAUCCUGUAUAUUUUAACACUUCCGGGACGACAGCUGCAACCGACUCCUGUGACAAAGAACAUUGCUCGAUGCGAAAAGCCAAACCUAAUCCAGAACUGACCCGGUAAUGCGGCAUAAAAUUAUCUUACAUAUAAAAUCUAAAUAAAUAUUUAAAAAGGACAUAUUUCGGGGUAAUCGCAAUCGAAGAGGAGCACCGUUUCCAAAAUAAUUCCGCUCUCCGUUUGGAAACGUCGCGCACCGAUUGCCGUGAGACGGUCACACGUGGAUUUCAAGAGCGCGGCUGCUCGAAGAAACUCUGAACAGAAAACAGGUUCGUAUGGAAGCUGGAAUCCGACGAAUGCUCGGACAGUCGCUUCGAUCUCGUAGCUCGAAGAAUGCCGCGAUUCCCAAGAACAAAGGUCGCUCACUAAUCCGUCAGUUUCAGUCGAAAUGUCUCCUCGGAAACGAACGAACGAACCCGUUAACCGAAGAAAAGCAGUUUCGCCAGGCAGUUCCGACGCCUCGCUCCCCCGUCACCCUUCCGGAAAGCGACCACGGGGGUUUCCAGCCGAUGUACGCCUGCCUCGAGCCACCGUCCUCUUCGUCGUCCUCCGCCGCGAAGACCGCGGGACCACCGGAGCUUGCGGACGUCUUCUCUGAAGAGCGGCAGUUCAACUGCUCGAGCUGCGGGCGCAGGUACUCGCUGAAGCACAACCUGGUGAGGCACAUGCGUUACGAGUGCGGCGGCCAGCGAAGAUUCUUCUGCGCCUUCUGCCCGAAGAAGUACACGCAGAACGUCACCCUGCAGAAGCACCUGCUGCGUUUCCACAACAUCCCUGUGCCGCGGAGAAGAUGCAAACCGCGAUCCGCGCCCUACAAUCCUCUGUCGAACGCCGAGAACUGACCGGACCUCUAAAAAAGAAAGAACGUUUUCUAUCGCCGAUCUUCUCGUCGUCACCCCCUCUCCCCCACAGCCCCCCACCCACCACCGGUCCGUGUAGCACUGAAUAAACGAAUAAACUCGCAGA